AUGUCAGAAUAACAAUAAUAAUAUUGGCCUAUUUUUACAGAGAAGGAUGACAUCAAGACAUUCUGGAAUAAGAAAUCCAUCAAUUUAGCCAAAUAAACAAUCUCCUAUCAGCAAUUAAUGAAAAGGAUUAGUUGGAAAAGUAACAAGCCUACCGAAUACGAAUUUUUAUUAAGUGAAGAAGGAGUGUUGUUUUAUAAGAAAAACAAUAAAGUGAAGGGACAUGUUUAGUUGAAUGAGGACAUCAGCUUAAAAUUAAUCGAUCUGAAGAUUUCAAACAAGAAGGCAGAUGCUGUUAAGGUUAUUAGAAUCAAGAGAACUAAGGACAUAUUCAUAUACAUUUGGAAUCACGAUUAGUAAUUUAUAAGUGUAUUCCUAAUUUUAGCUAGUAUACCUUCCAAUUUCUAAAAUAUUUAUGUUAAUUCUGUUUUGUUCAAAAUUUAGAUGAACUCUACACAAUGCAAGAUGUCAUAGGAAAAGGUGGAUUCUCUAAAGUGUACACUCUCACCCCCAAUAUAAGACUACCGAAUCAGCCCUUUAAUUAUGCUGGUAAAGUUUAUAAUAAAAACGAAUUAUUAUCUAAGAAAGACCUUAAGAAGUUUUAUCAUUUCAUCCGAAGUGAGUGUUAUAUACUGAAAAGAAUCAAUUUCCCCUAUGUGCUAAAACUUUGUGAGAUCAUUCAACUGGAGGAACUCCUAAGUACUAAAUUAAUUCUAUCAUUUAGUCUUGGUGACUGAAUACAUCAAAGGAGGAUCCCUCUACCAAUAUUUGAAGGAGAGAAAACGACUAUCAGAAAUAGAAUCCACUCAGAUCCUGCUCAAAUUAGCACUAGGGUUGCAAUAAGUUCAUAAGUAUUCAAACUUCCCUAUUGAUUUAGUUUAGGAUACGUUCAUAGAGACAUUAAAUUAGAGAAUGUACUUAUCGAUAAAGAUUAGUUGAAAUUAAUUGACUUUGGAUUUGCAGAAAAAAUAUGCAGAGACAGACUAGUCAAUGGUCAAGGAACGGCUGGUUACAUCGCACCAGAAGUAUUCAUGAAAUAACCUUACCAAGAAGUAGGUGACAUUUUUAGUUUAGGAGUCAUCUAUUAUUCAAUGUUAUCAGGUAAGGCUCCAUUCAGAUCUAAUACAUACGAUGCCUUGCUUAAGUUAAAUAAGGAAUGUCAGAUCGACUUCUCAGAAUUGAGAUUCCCUAAUGUUAGCCAAAAGACUAUGUACUUGUUAAAAGCCAUGAUGUCUAAGUUACCAGAAAACAGAAUUAAUUUGUAAGAUCUCUUAAAUCAACUCACUGUUUCUUAAAUCUUAUCUCCUACUAAUAAUAUGGCUUCUACACAAUCUAUUGUGGAAGGCUCUGUAGGUAUAAGCUUCAAUCAUUUGCAAUCUAAAAACACUCUAAAAUCAUUUUAUCAAAAUAGUUAAAACUCAUUCACUGAAAACCAUAGUUAAAUGUCGUAAUAAAAACCAUCUAAAAACUUAAGGGAUAGAAGAUAUAAGAGUCAGAGCUUAGAUAAGAAAGGAAUGCUUUUGAAAUCAUCCUCUUUUAAACCAUCACUUAAAAACAUAUAUCAGAUUAAAAUUGAGUAAUCAGAUGAUAAUAUAUCAAUCACUGAUUUAGAUUAACCAAUACCUUAUGAGAAUCUUCGAUUUCUUCAAACUUCUUAUUAAACAUUAAACUGCCAAAAAUUUAUUUGA